CCGGAAGUAGGUCUUCCCACUCUUGAGCCGUGGAAAAUGGAACAAACAAGUGAACCCCGUCAAAAAUCAUUUACCUGCCACUUAUGUGGUUUAAGUAGCCCGUUUACUUAUUACGGGCAGAAACCACCAAACACCAGAGCCAUUGUGCUGCUUGAGGAGUGUUUUGUCACCAGGGACCCCUUCAAUCCGGACCAGGAGAAGUUCCUGGUCCUGGGCUCUAGCUGCAGCCUGUGCAGCAUGCGGGUCUGUGUUGGCUCGGAGUGCAGCCUUUUCUACACUAAGAGGUUCUGCAUGCAGUGUGUGAACAAGCACUUGGACCAGUUCCCCCAUCAGAUCCAGGCUGAGCUGGCCAAGAAGAAGCAGAGCUCCAAAGCUGCUGUAUCGUGACAUCAGAGAAAGUCCUCACCUGCAGAAGAGAUAACUGAGUAGACUCACUGCCAAACCACUGUGGAGCCACAACACCAAAAACACCCCCCAUCAUCCUUUUAUCACCUACUGUAGCUUCAUGUUAUUUAUAUUUCUGUUUAAAAGAUGACCACCUUACACUAGAAAAAUAUGAUUUACUCUUUAGCCAGCCGUUUUAAGAAUUGGCUAAAAUUAGUUUGUCUGUAGUGCUUUUAGAAAAAGUGAGCAGCACCAGUGUUACUUAGCCUCUGUCAGAUGUGGCUGUAGGUUUUGUCCUGCUAGUUUGCUUUACCAGAAAUGCCCCCAGAUUUAAAAUGUCCCAUCAUGAACUGAAAGUGCUUAGUUGCUCUGUAGAUGCUAUAAUAUUUUUAAAAAUGCAGAAGAGAUUUUUUGUAAAUGCAUAGCCAGACUAAGUGGACGUUGCCUUUCAAGAAGACAGAAGUAUCUAAUAUUUCGUAUUUAUUACUAUUUCUAUUAAUAUGGCUCAUCCCAUCUUUUUUUGAACACCAAUAAAUCAUUCUGUAUCAUAACCAACACUAUAAUAGGUAAAUUAAAGCUAACCUGCUCUCUCCUGUAGGCUGGGCAUAUAUGUAAGGAUGGCAUUACAUGACACAUGAAUCAGUAUGAAGUACAUAUAUUGCCAAAAGUAUUUGCUCACCUGCCUUGACUUGCCUAUGAACUUAAGUGACAUCCCAUUCUUAAUCCAUAGGGUUUAAUAUGAUGUCAGUCCACCC